UUGACUCAUGUUGUUGCUGUGACUGGGGCUCAGGAGGAAACGUGACGUUUCUCUUCAUUUUCACAUGUUUCACUUUCCCCGCGUUGACAGAUCGAGUCAGUUCACGUUGAACCCGCACGAAGUCGAACCCGCAACCCACACCACGUGACCGGCGACACCAUGACGGACCAGUCCUCGUUGCUACUGCGCAAACAACUCGGAGAGCUCAACAAGAACCCAGUGGAAGGCUUCUCCGCGGGUCUGGUGGACGAUGACGACAUCUAUCAGUGGGAGGUGGUCGUCAUUGGACCUCAGGACACAUUAUUCGAGGGAGGAUUCUUCAAGUGCACAUUAACCUUUCCCAGGGACUAUCCUCACAGGCCUCCUAAGAUGAAGUUCGUCACAGAGAUCUGGCAUCCGAACGUGGCAAAAAAUGGUGAUGUUUGCAUCUCAAUCCUGCACGAACCUGGUGAGGACAAGUACGGCUAUGAGAAGCCCGAGGAGCGCUGGCUGCCGAUCCACACGGUGGAGACCAUCAUGAUCAGUGUUAUAUCCAUGUUGGCUGACCCCAAUGGAGACUCUCCUGCCAAUGUAGAUGCAGCUAAAGAGUGGAGGGACGAUCCUACUGGAGUUUUUAAGAAGAAAGUGGCCCGAUGUGUGCGGAGGAGUCAAGAGAUGGCUUUUGAUUAAACCCUCACUCCAGACAUCAACACAGUUAGAACUCUACAGGGUAUUUGACAACUGGUUACACUUAAGUCAGCUGAUUGAUCGUGGAACUCACUUUUACCAACAUCAGUCAACCCACAGAAGAGAGAGACCCCCUGGAAGAAGAAAAUAAAUUACAAACCCAUGUGUAUAGUUGAGUACCAUCAGCUUUUUGUUUUUGGAGCCGUCACCUAUUUGUCUGUUCAUUUUUGUCUUGCCGUUUGAGAGUUGUUAUUUAUAAAUGCUGCCAAAAAAGUUCCCAUUUUUUCUUUUCAUUGUUCCUUCCCCCAAAGGGACGAGACCGACUUUCUGUUCAAGAAUCAGCGUUUCACUCACAGGAAGAUAAAUUAAACAGGCCAUCACCUCCUUUAUGUGCAUACUUUUGGGGGUAACCGUAAAAUCCUGUGUGAUCAAUGCUCCAUUUCCACACUUAUUUUCUUUAUAUGAACCUAUUUAUUUAGACUGCGACUAUUUAAAGAUGCGCAUCAUCUGUUUUGAGUCUUCUUAGUUUUAUUUUCAACCUGCCACACUGAGCCAUCCGGUCUAUUGUUUAACAAUGGAUGUAUGUCGUUCUGGAGCAUAUGCAGUCAAGAUGGAGUUACAGACACUGGCUUUUCUUUCCUGCACAUUUAAGAUGUUUUUUUCCCUGAGGGGGGAAAUAAUCAUCCAUCGCUGCCUUAACUUUGAUUGCCAAGAAAGGAAGGAAACCUGUUUUCAAUAAAAAAAACUGCACCUGACGGCUUGUUUGAAAGGCAGAUAAACUCUUAUGGACAAACCAAAGACAACACACCAAUAAAUACCUUUUGUAAUGAACAUGCUACAUUUUUACCUUUUGUAAAUAUAAACUUUGUCCUUGACAUUGCACAUGAAGAUGCAGAGACGGUGGUGUUGUAGUUCGGUGGCACUUCAAACAGCACCCAUGAAAGGAUGGAAUCACUCAUCAGGGCUGAACAGUAGUUAUUACAAAUUUGUUAUGGAUAAUAAGGAACCUCAUUUGAUGGGUAUGUGGAGGUGUGCAGGUUAAUCAAUGUUAAGAUUGUAAAAACAAUAAAUAAAGCUCAAUGUGGACAUUGUUGA